CUUUAAACCCCCAUUCGCCUUCAAGGUUUGCCGAAGCCAAAAGUUUGGUGCCUACUUCUACGAGCUACGAGCGGCAGACCCGGCCCCACCAUCCAUCCAGGCCCCUGCGAGCGAAGCGGUCCGAGCCACAGCGGUCCCAAGGCUAGAGCGAAAUGUCCGGCGUCAAGAAACUUCGUACAGAUCUCAACAGGUCGACCAAUGUGGUGUAUCAGGCCCACCAUGUUAGCCGGAACAAGAGAGGGCAGGUCCUGGGCACUAUGGGGGGCUUCAGGGGCUGUACCAUCUGGCUAACUGGGUUGUCUGGAGCUGGGAAGACUACCAUCAGCUUUGCCUUAGAAGAGUUUCUUGUGUCCCAUGCCAUCCCCUGCUACUCUUUGGAUGGAGACAACAUUCGCCAUGGCCUGAACAAGAACCUAGGCUUCUCUGCCGUAGACCGCGAGGAGAAUAUCCGGCGUAUUGCCGAGGUGGCUAAGCUGUUCGCUGAUGCUGGCCUUGUUUGCGUGACCAGUUUUAUCUCCCCUUUUGCCAAGGAUCGUGACGAGGCUAGAAAGAUCCACGCGAGCGCCGGUCUACCAUUUUUUGAAGUGUUCAUCCAUGCGCCUCUUGAAGUGUGUGAGAGCAGGGAUGUGAAAGGACUUUACAAGAAAGCCCGUGCUGGAGAGAUCAAAGGAUUCACUGGGAUCGAUUCAGACUACGAGCGUCCUGAAGCACCAGAGCUCGUCCUGAAAACUGGAGAGCUCACAGUGAACGAAUGUCUCAACCAAGUGUUGGAGCUCCUCAAGGAGCAGUUCAGCCUGCAUCCUCUUUCUCGGGAAAUCACAACAGAUGAUAAUCAGAAUAUCGUACCCAGCGGAAUCAUGGAGGAGGUGAAUGAACUCUUUGUUCCGGAGAACAAGCUGAGUCUCGCUGUGGCCGAUGCAAACUCUCUGCCCACCAUCAGCAUCAACAAGCUGGAUCUGCAGUGGGUGCAGGUUUUGGCUGAGGGCUGGGCUAGUCCUCUGAAGGGCUUCAUGAGAGAGAGAGAGUUCCUCCAGGUCUUGCACUUUGGCAGCCUGCUAGAUGGUGGGACCAUCAACUUGUCUGUCCCCAUCGUCCUGCCUGUCAGCGCUGAAACCAAGCAGGAGAUGGACGGCUGUGCAGCCAUAGCUCUGGAGUACCAGGGUUCACGCGUGGCCAUACUCAGGAACCCAGAGUUCUACGAACACCGCAAGGAGGAACGUUGUGCCAGACAGUGGGGCACCACCUGUCCAGAUCACCCUUACAUUAAGAUGGUGAUGGAGAGAGGGGAUUGGCUGGUAGGCGGUGACCUAGAGGUGCUGGAGCGGAUCACAUGGAACGAUGGACUUGACCAGUAUCGCCUCACUCCAAAGGAGCUCAAGCAAAGGUUUAAAGACAUGAAAGCAGAUGCGGUGUUUGCAUUCCAGCUGCGUAACCCGGUACACAAUGGUCACGCCCUGCUCAUGCAGGACACCAAGCGCCGCCUGCUGGAGCGAGGGUACAAAAAUCCAGUCCUCUUGCUCCACCCGCUCGGCGGCUGGACCAAAGAUGACGACGUGCCUCUGGAGUGGAGGAUGAAGCAACACGCCGCCGUCUUGGAGGAGGGCGUCCUGGACCCGGCCACCACCAUCGUUGCCAUCUUUCCCUCACCUAUGAUGUAUGCUGGACCCACCGAGGUCCAGUGGCACUGCAGAGCCAGAAUGAUCGCCGGAGCAAACUUUUACAUCGUCGGCCGGGACCCUGCGGGCAUGCCUCACCCACAGACUAAGAAGGAUCUGUAUGAGCCCACCCACGGAAGCAAGGUGCUCACCAUGGCCCCUGGCCUCACCUCUGUAGAGAUCAUCCCCUUCAGGGUGGCCGCCUACAACAAGGCCAAGAAGGCAAUGGACUUUUACGACAAAGAGCGUCAUGCUGAGUUUGAGUUCAUCUCUGGAACCAAGAUGAGGAACUUGGCUCGGAACGGAGAGAACCCUCCAGAUGGUUUCAUGGCCCCCAAGGCCUGGAAGGUGUUGGUGGAGUACUACACCUCUCUUCAGAAGAACAAGUAAUCAACACUAAGCUCACCGGUCAAAAACGCAGUAUAUAUAUAUAUAUAUAUAUAUAAAAAAGGAUACAGUUGGUUCUAAUAAAGGGGAAAGACAUACAGGCUAUAAUAUGCACGUAUUUUAGGUAAGGAUUGUUAAAAAUAAUGAUUCUGACAGGAGUGGGUGUUUUGUCUUUACCAAAUUAAAAGCGUUACAAUUUCACAUUCCUAUAAAACUACAUGAUUUAUGAACAUGUUAUGUGUUUAUAUGCAUAUUAACUUAAUGUAUUUUAAUAAAUUAAAGAUAACUUGAGAUUAUUUUCUAUUUUAUGAGUUUAGGAGGACAUUUCAAGACAGGGAAAUCAUUCUUGAUAUGUACUUGUGAUAUCUGAAGGACGCGGGACAAUAAAGCAUUUAGGCUUCACUUUUUAAAGGUUUUUAACAUGGCAAUUAUAUCACUGUCUGACAAUUUAUUUGAAUGUCCUUGAAUGAACGUUACACUGUUGUCUUGUAAUCACAUAGAGUGCCUAUGUGUUUAGAUGCAUGGAUGCUGAUUAAUUCAUCAUGUUAAUGUUUUCACAUUAUUGUGAAAUACUACAAAGAUUUUUUUUUUUAAAUGUGAAAGUGCCUUUCUCUCAAAUGCCAACAUUAUGAAAAGUGAAAUACCUGUUUCUUUACAGCAUUUUUGACACCAGUAAUGUCUCUUGAGAUGUGUGUGAUAAGGGGGGAUGUGCAUUUGUGAAAUGAAGGUCUGCAGUUUAGAGGAAACUGAGUGUACAAUACAGUAAUAAAGACAAAUAUUUGAUAUUAUGAAUCACUGGA